UUGCAGUCAAAGAAAAGAUGGUGAGCGCAUCUGAAGGAAAUUAAUUUAUCGGUUACAUUAUAUGGAUUACCGUAUUGCUUUAAGACAUUUCUUUUAAUUGUUUAAAUUGUACACUGACUUAUGCAUCUACGGAUUACAUUCUCGGCUCUCGCCAUUGUUUCCCUUUCAAUUUUAUUUAGAGUGGUUCGUCUGCCGAAAGCCUUUUUAUUUGCUUUGUUCUAAUGCACCUGUGAAGGUUGUUUAGGUUUGACUUCAAAAUAACGGGCCAAGACUGUAAAUUGUAUGACUAUUUAUAAAAUCGAUUUUAUGAAUAUGGAAACCUGUGAAGAUGUUCAAGUGUUUCAUCAAUGUGUGAUCUGUGAUGAAAUGUUUGGAGAGUACAGAGAUCUAGAAAUUCAUAAUAGAAUUCAUGUCAAAGAGGAAAUCGGUGAAAUCGAAAACUUUCAUCAGUGUAGAUUAUGUGACGAAAAAUUUAAAUCGGAUUCUGAUUUAGAGGAUCAUUGUGAAGAGGUUCACCAGAAAGACAAAGAAAGUAUUCUCCAAUGUUGUGUAUGUGAAAAACGAUUUCUACAAAUUGAGGAUUUGGAACAACACAAGCUAAAGAAUCAUUGUGAAGAGUUACACCAGAAAGAUGAAAAAGAAAGUAUUCUCCAGUGUAGUGUUUGUGAAAAACUUUUUCUCCAAUUUGAGGACUUGGAAAAACACAGCAGAACACAUAAAGAAAUUGAGCCGACUGACACCGAAAAAUCCGACAUGUUGAAGCUCUGUACUAAAAAUAGUUUAAAUAUUAUUCCUAAAGCAUUUGAAUGUGAUGUGUGUAAGGAGUCCUACAGGUGUAUCUCUCACCUGAAGGCUCACCAACGGACUCAUAAAAAACAAAAGUCGUUGAAUGUUUGCGAGAUUUGUGACAAGCAGUUUAAAUAUCCAUCCCAACUAGAAGCCCACAUGCGGACUCAUACCGGUGGAAACAGCGUCGAGUGUGAAAUCUGUCAUAAGAGUUUUUGCGAGAGUUCGGUGUUGAGGAAGCACAUGAUGAUCCACACGGGUGAACGACCGUUUCAAUGUUCGGUUUGUCCGAAGGCUUUUAACCAAAGCAGCAAUCUCAAAUCACACAUGAGACUUCAUACGGGAGAAAGGCCAUUUAAGUGUAAAUUAUGUGAAAGCACUUUUUAUACCGGAAGCAAUCUACAAACGCACAUGCGCUCGCAUUCCGGCGAAAAACCGUUUUCUUGUAAUAUCUGUGAUAAAUCCUUCACACGAAACACUCAUCUAACACGACACUUAAAGGCCGGACAUUCGGGAGAGAAACCGUACAGUUGUUCUAUAUGUUUGCGAUCGUUUACUCAAAAGAGCAACCUCGACGCCCACCUGAAAUGUGUCCAUAACGACGGAUCAAUGUCGAAAGAUUUCAUUUGUGGGAUUUGUAACAAGGCUUUUAUUCGAAGUAGUAAUUUAUAUAGUCAUAUGAAUGUUCACAUGACCAAGAAAAUGUUUAAAUGUGACAUCUGUUCUAAAUCGUAUAAUCGGCAAAAUUAUUUGACGAAACAUCGUAAAUCUCACACCAAGGGACCUGACAGUGUAUUGGUGAAAAGUUGAAAAUGGAGUAAAAUGGGUUCAUAAUUAAUAAGGUUGUCGUGUAAAAAAUGUUACCUUUCAUGGUGUCAAAAACUGUUGUUGUAACAAUUUGCCAAGGAUUGUGGCCAACUUUCAACACUUGAAGGGGGGGGGGGUAAAAUUUAUUUAGGCCGUGUUGAAUUGAUUCCUUGUUUCUCCUCGCCCGCGCGCUUAGGUCGAGGACCCUGAAAAUCGUGCGCUUAUACGUUUUUAACACAAAAAAAAAUAUUCAAAAAAUUACGUUAAUAACAUCUAAAUAAAAUUCUACCAAACAUCAGAAGUCAAUUCUCGUUGUUUAUUCCUCGUUACGAACUAAAUAAGUAAGUGCAGGGGGCCGCACUACACGCAAAACAAAAAUCUACAAGAUAAACCUGCGGACAAGACAGAAAAUAGGCAUUGCACCGAAUAAACAAAUAUCAAAUCAAGUGAAUGGAUCCGGUUGAUAAUACACAUGUAGGGGCCCGCAUACUAUGGAAUAAGUUACACUGUAUAUGAUUGGAUGAAUUCCGCAAAAUGGCGCGUGUAGCAGUCAUUUCGGCUAAUGAGAAAGCAUAUUAUAAACUGUAAGACAAUCGCUAAUAUUCAACCGCGAACCUGAAUAAUCAAUUUUUUCAUUGGCUAAAAUUAUAACUCAUGUCAUUAUUAUUCAAGUAUUACCCAAUCAUAUCUUGUGUAAUAAAUAACGCACGCCUUACAAAAUGGUGAGCUAUGCCGGGACAUAGGUAAAUUCGCGUACCGGUCGGCCUAAUUUAUUGAUGUUCAAGGAAAUAAUAGUGGCCCCGUUCGCUCGUUUCUGGAG